AUGGGUAGCGCAACCAUCAAUCAACCGGUCGGUAAUACGGACUAUACGCAGUCGACCGUUGCGAUUAUUGGGGCGGGGAUUUCGGGAAUGUGCAUGGCCAUUGACCUUCUCCGUCGCAACCACCGCAACUUUGUCAUCCUAGAGAAGGGCAGCUCGGUCGGGGGUACCUGGAACGAUAAUAAAUAUCCUGGCUGUGCUUGCGAUGUCUGGAGUGCCCUAUACAGCUAUUCCUUUGAGCAGCGGUCUACUUGGACACGCGAAUACCCGGGCCAGGAGGAAAUUCUGCACUAUCUCACCGGCAUUGCUGGGAAGUACGGUCUCUACCCGCACAUCAGAUUCAAUUCGACCGUCGAGGAGGCGCGAUGGGACGACGAGGCCCGGAAAUGGAAGAUCAAGGUGUCUGUGUCCGGCGCGAAAGAUGCCCAGUUCCAGGAGGGAUACGAACUGUCGGCAAAUGUGCUCAUUUCAGGUGUCGGACAGCUGAAUCAGCCGGCCUGGCCAAAUAUCGACGGGAUGAAUGAAUUCAAGGGGAAGAGUAUGCAUUCGGCGCGAUGGGACUGGACGUACGAUUUCAAGGGGAAGAGGAUCGCUGUGAUCGGGAACGGUGCGACUGCGACUCAGAUCGUACCAGAAGUCGCAAAAACAGCGUCGCAUCUGACGGUCUACCAGCGGACUCCGCAAUGGAUCAUCCCCCGAGACGACAAGCCUGUGCACCCGGCGCAGAAAGCAUUGCUCUCUUUCCCGUUCUUCCGAAACUGCAAGCGCUCGUUCAUGAUGCUCUACCGCGAGAUGAGCCACGACUUCAUCGUCAAGUCGGACGCCAAAAACUCGCAAGAAGUCCGGGAGCUCUGCAUCGGGCAUAUCAAGAAGGGCCUUCCCUCAAAGCCGGAAUUGUGGGAUGUUCUCACACCCAGCUAUCCACCCGGUUGCCGCCGGAUCUUGGCCUCUGAUGACUACUACCCAGCGCUGGGCCGGGAGAACGUCAAGCUGGACACGCGCAACAUCCAGCGCAUCACCGAGACGGGGAUCCAGACCGCCGAUGGCGAGACAACUGACUUUGACCUCAUCGUAUACGCAACCGGUUUCCGCACGGUUGAGUUCCUGCACCCGAUCAAAGUGUACGGCGCAGGCGGACGCGACCUGGCCGAGAUCUGGGACGGCGGCGCGACGGCCUACUACGGCGUGACGGUCGAGGAGAUGCCGAACUUCGGGCUGCUGUACGGACCCAACACGAACCUGGGCCACAACUCGAUCAUUCUGAUGAUCGAAGCGCAAAGCCGCUACCUCGCCGCACUGAUCGACCCGGUCAUCCGUGCCAAAGAGGCCGGCGUAUCACUGGCGAUCCAGCCCAAGACAGAGAUCGUCCGGGCCUUCAACGCGGACAUCCAGAAACGCCUGGGGAAGAGCAACUUCGCCGACCCGGCGUGCAACAGCUGGUACAAAACGGCCGACGGCCGGAUCACGAACAACUGGCCCGGCACGGUGGUCGAGUACCAGCAGGCGCUGUCGCGGGUGCGAUGGACAGACUACAUUGUCGACGAGGAAACCAUGAAGUUUGUCGGCAAGAAUGAGACGAGGAUCGGACACGUGGAAGAGGUAUGGCCGGUCAGCAAGUCAACACUGCUGCUGGGGCUGAGCGUGGCAGUGGCGGCCGGGGGGUGGUAUCUCCAGGGGGCCAGGGCGUCCAGGCGGCGCUGA